AGCGGUCAUGGGACAGAUAGGGCAGCGAGUUUCGACGAGCCGGUGACUUCCUGGCAAGGCUUUCAGACGAUUGGUGGCCUAGUGCUUCUACUAACCAUGAUCGCCCUGGUGGCGCUUUGUGCGCACUCUGCAGUCCAUGUCGGCGAUCCUAUUCCGGCGUGGGUGCUGCAAAUCCAGCACGACCGGGCUGUGGACGUUGGGAUGGCGAGUUGUUCCCCGGGGAUUGGAAUCGCCAACCACAACACCAUCACCAGGCACCGCAAGGGACACUUCGAGACAGACGGUGCGCGCUGGGGAGUUGCUUUGUCCAAGGGCAAGCACGUGUUUGAGAUAGUAUGGCCUAACGUCGCACGUGACGCGACGGCAACGGUGGGUGUGGGGACGGAGGAGGCCCCGCUGUACGUUAAGCCCCGUGAUCCGCUCGUAGGCGGCAACCGGCACUCAUGGGGGUAUGACAUCGCCAGGUGUAAGGCUCUGCACAAGAAAGAGAUCCUGGCCACCUAUCCCGCCACCAAAAGCGUGCCAGACAAGUUUUACCUGUACGUGGACUGUGACAGCGGCAGUAUCGCCCUGGGGACGGACGGCGUGUACUGGGGCGCCAGGGUUCUUUUUCCGAUAAGCGCACUUCCGGUAUAUCCCAUGCUCGGCAUUGUCUGCGAGGGCGCCCACGUCACUAUGACGUACAGGGGGUCAGCCUACGCCGGUGGUCCAUCCGCUGUAAUGUCUGGGAUGCCCUCUGUCGACCUUUACCCACCAGGAAAAGCCGGAUAUCCUCCGCAGAAAGCCGGCUACCAGCCGCCGGGAUCCAGCUUGCACUUCUAGCCACGGAGAGUGUUUUCAGGGCGGUUGCAUUGUGACUUAGAUUCAAAAACAAAACUUCACUUUUGUGAUUUAACAUACUUAAGUAAAGCGAUUUUUUUUAUAAAAAAAUCCUAUUUUUUAAAACAUGAGAACAUUUGUCCUAUUGGGUGUAAUAUUUCCAUGCCAAUUAUAUCAACAGAAUUGUAUCUUCUAUAAUAAAAAGCCAAGCACGGAUA